AUGGAUGAGUUUCCUCCUAAACCUCCAGCACCAGGAGUAAUUCUUAAAGAUCCCCUUAAGCUUAAAGAUCUUGAUGAUCGUAUACUGUUUGAUAAUGAAAAGAAACAAUUUAUUUUCACACAAGUAAAAGGUGAUAAAACAUUUGAAUACCAAUACAGCUUUAUUGUUGACAAAUGGAUAGGCAUCACCAAGCAUGUGUUGAAUCAAGAUGAACUCGAAGAAGAAGCAAACAAAGAAGAGAUAAAACAGCUCAAGAAGCAAAAAAUUUCUGAAAUUAAACAAGAGAAAGACAAGCUAAAGCUGAUGUCUUCGAGGUCCACUGGAAUUUUCAUUAGUAACCUCCCACAGUCGAUUACAGUUGACGAGCUAAAUGAAGAAUUCGCUAAAUAUGGUACCAUAAGUCUCGAUAAGGGGAACAGUCCUCGUAUAAAGCUUUAUUACGAUGAAAAAGAUAAAUUUAAACAGGAAGCGUUGAUAAUCUAUGACAAUGCAACGUCGGUGGAUUUAGCUAUUCAAAUGAUGAAUCAAGUGAAGAUGAAAAACAACAUAUUAAACGUGGAAGAGGCCAAAUUCGAGCCAAUAGAAGAUAAAUCCCAAAGAGCAGAUGAAAUAAGAAGUAAAUUUUACUCCAAGGUUAUGGUGAUUGAAAAUAUGUUUCGCAAACAAGAAUACAAGGAAAAUACCAAAUUGGCAGAAGAUAUAGAAGAAGAUAUCCGUGAAGAGUGUGAGAAAAGUGGAAUUAAAGAUAUUUUAAAUGUGACAUUCUUUCCCAGCGACUGUGUUGUCACGGUGAAAUUUAAGUCUCUGUCACUGGUUGACACAAUAAUAGAGAGUUUUGACAAAAGAGACUAUGAUGGGUUGAAAUUGAAUGUUCAUACGUUCACGGGGACUCGGUACACAUAG